UGGAUGAUUAGGCCUGAAUGGAGUAACGUUAUAUGACUUCGGGUUUAGUUUUAACAGCAGCGAACAUGUAAGACUGCUAAAUCGCAGUGACUUGAUUUCUUCUUCCUUCUUACAAGAAGGAACUAACGUGAUGUAUGUGACCACCUUCCUGCGUUAUAUUAGGCUUGGUGGUAGAUGUGUUUCUGCUCGUAUGGUUCAGAGGAGGAAUCUCUCAGGAGCGGAUGCCAUUAAUGCCCUGCGGCCCUUUUACUUUGCAGUGCACCCUGAUUUCUUUGGCCAGCAUCCAAGAGAGAGAGAAGUAAAUGAAAACUCCCUCAAAAGGCUAAGUGGUUAUCUUGAAAAUCUUCAGAAGCCUGGGGCAAGAUCCCCCAAACCUGCAAACCUCACUUUUUAUGUCCGGGACACAAAAGAAAAGGCAGACUCCAGUGGUAGACUGCUAGCCUCAGGAUUCCGUUCAGUGACCUUUACCCUGCAGUCUAAGGAUGUUCUGAGCACAGUGUUGGAUGUUCUGAGGUCCUGUAGCCUCUCGGUUGAACAUAUUCAAGAUGUGCUCAAGGCUGAGACAGAGAAGAGCUCGACACAACAGCCUGGAACAGCUUUCUAUCGGCCCAUCAAAUGGGACAAGACUUAUUACACUUUCACAGGAUUCAGGGACCCAGAGCAGGAGUUAGAACAAGCCAGAAGAGUCGAGCCCACACUCAGUUUAUGGCUGAGAAACAAUGAGUCGGAGGCCACAAAGAAACAGAAUGCCAGUCUUCCACGGCGUGAGGAGCUGAAAAGACUGAAAAGAGAGUUGAUUCAGAAACUUGGUUUGUUGGAUAUCAGGUGGCAGCGCAAAUGGGGAGUUGCACACAAAUGCUGUCAGCUGCAGAGUCUGGGUCGUCUCUCCACACAAAGCCCUGAGGCUCUGCACAUCCUGAGAGGUCACGUAAUCGUUUUUACUGACCAGUCAGGGAUGAAUGCCUCAGGGCAUGUUAUGUUAGGAACAAUGGAUGUCCACCAUCAAUGGACAAAGCUCUUUGAAAGAUUGCUGAGUUACAGAAGCCUGUUCCAGCGGUCGGACUGGCUGAAGGAGCGCAUCAGUCACCUUUUGGGAGGGAUUCAGGUGAUCCACAUCGAGCGGAUGGGUCCAGCUCUGCCUCUGGAGGAACAUUACAGUACCCUCCACACUUUCCACAAGAGACUGUUGCCUCAGCGCCUCUCCCUGCACCCCCGCAGCAUGCAAGGCCUCACAAUGAGCUUGGAAAAUGACCGCUCCACCCCCUGCCUGCAUGAGAUGGGCCACUUCAUCAUCCCAACUCUGUGUGACACCCUCCAGCUGCAGAACUUCCUCCAGAGCCAGGCCCAGGAGGCCCGGAAACGCAUGCGGCGCAAAGACAAGUUGGAGGCAGAGGAAGAAGACAUAAUUUUGUGUUGUCUGCAGGAUUUGUCUCUGCACAGUCUGUCUAAAGAGCCCAGUGUGUCGAGCAGUCAGAUGAUCCCCUGCUGUAGGCGUCUGAUGGAGGAGAGAUCCCCGCAGAUGCAGGGCCUUCAUCUCUACAUCUCUCACUUCUAUUCAGUCAUGCAGGAUGGGGAUCUGUGUAUUCCCUGGGACUGGAAGGGCUGAAACAGUCUGAACUCUAUUCGGACUUCAUUACUAUGCCUCUCAGGCUCAGGUGUUGUCAGAAUUUUUUGAAGGGUUUGGCCUAGUUUAUAGGCAUAAUCAUAAAUGCACUUUGGUACUAAAAUACUAAAAGAUAUUGUUGUGCUUCUGAGGCAGUGGGCCCCAGUCAUUUGAUGUUAUAACUUGGCAUAGAAUGUUUGAUGUAUAUUUGCACUGCCAAACCAUACACAUCGACCAUGUCACAAUCUACUAUAAAAAUAUAGCUUUUACUGUCACUAGUCACGAGUACCAGCAAAAUUAGCCAUCAACCUGUCCAUACAUAACAUGCAACUUUUGGUUUUUUAAAUGCACACCUUUGGUUGGUUCUGAUUUUAAGUGUGGUGUUGGAAUCAUGCUCCAUAUGAGUGACUGAGUCUUCUUUAUCAUUUCAAAACCCCAGUAUUCCCAACUGACAGGAGACAAACACAUUUACUAACUUUAAUACUAUCUGCCAAAAUCUAAAAAGCACUGUCAAUAUUCAGAUGUGUUUGGGCAAACGAUUUUGUCUAAAGCUGAGUAUAUCCAAAUAUUAAGAAAUGGUAAAGUGUUCUCUUCAGAUGUAGUGUAUGUACAUUAUCAGUCCUAAAUGCUGUAAUAUUGUCUGUCUUGAGAUGUAGUGUACAGUGUAUUCAUGUUGUUUGCUGCUAUUGUGUUUCAAAGGUUUAUACUGUGAUAUCUGUACGUAUGAUAAAUAUGGAACUAUGUAAACACAAAAUUUAAACAAUGGUUCAUAUGUUACCAGUUACUAUUGUAUACAUUGUUAAUAUGCACCUUUUUGGUUAGCAAGUUUUGCCAUUGUCAUCUUGACAGACAAAUCCACGAAUUUUCCACUCUAACAGGUAUGAAUAAAUUAUAAUAUAAUGAUAC